UUUGAAAGGUCGGAUCAAACCGGAAGUACGUAGUUUACGUAUGUCGUUUUGUUUGUCCGGCUUUAAAAACAUUAAAGAUUUAACACGAAACGCCUAAAGCAAUGUCGUUUUGCUCUUUUUUCGGUGGGGAGGUCUUUAAAGACCACUUCAUACCAGGGAUUUAUGCAUGCGCCAAGUGUGAUCACCAGCUGUUCUCCAGCCGCUCCAAGUAUGAGCACUCAUCUCCCUGGCCAGCCUUCACAGAGACCAUCCAUGAAAACAGUGUAUCUAAACAUAAGGAGAGGCCUGGGGCAUACAAGGUUCGGUGUGGGAAUUGUGGAAACGGACUGGGCCAUGAGUUUGUGAAUGAUGGUCCAGCCAAAGGGCUGUCUCGCUUCUGAAUAUUCAGCAGCUCACUGAAGUUCAUCCCUAAAGAUAAGGUUGAUGGGCAGUAGGUGAGCUGUCAAAUAAAAGUGUGGCAGGACUAGAAGUUUCUCUGUGAUGCUGAAGGUGCGGACAGUGAAUGAAGUGUUCUGGGACAAAACCCAGUCUGGGACCACCAGGGCUCUGAUGAUAGGUGAUCUCACCAGACAGCAAGAAUGGAGGGAUGGUGCCAGCACCUUUUCUUAAUGCAAUCAUAGCCGAACCAGCAAAUCAUUUUACCUCAUGAAUCACAUCACUAAUGUCUCAUCAGUUUUACUUUGAAUCAUAUGUGAGAUUGUCUCAUGAGACAAAUCAGACAUGUCAAAAUUUAUAAGUUAUUUCUUACCAAGAGACUAGGUGAACCAUUAAUAGAUAUAACUCUUUGCAUUUCCUCAAAAGAAUAAGGCCUGGAGUAAUUGUUAUGCUAAAUAAUAGAAAAAAUGACUAUGCAAACUAUUUUUCAUCAAAUGAAAACAUGCUGAUGCAAUACACAAGUUUUGAAAAGCUAAUGUAUAGCACAGUGAUUGGUAUGUAAAGAAAUCAAAUAAAUUUAUUUAAGUUAAAA